CUCUAAAAAUUGAUAAAUUAAGUGGAACAAGAUGGUUGGCACGAUCCAAUGCUAUAAAAAAAAUUCUAAAUCAGUGGGAUGUUCUAAAACUACAUUUUGAAAUUACCAAAGAUAAUGAACGAUGUUACGUAGCUCAACAACUGUUUGAAAUGUUGUCAGACAGAAGAAAUUUUUUAUAUCUAGUUUUCCUUGACAAUGUGCUAAAGGACUUAAAUCACUGUCAACUUGGCUUUUCAAAGUGAAAAUGCAAAUUCUUUGAAAUUAAUGGAAGAUCUAAUCCAUCUUCUAAAGAAUUAUCUAAGUAUUUUAGUACCUCCCAUGCGCCUUGAAAAAAUUCCUGACAGUAAUUUGAUUUCUUUAAAUUUCAAGGAGUAUGUGAUGAGUGCAGAAUUAAUUAAUUUUGGAUUUUCAUUUAAUGAAGCAUCGAAAGACAUUGUUAAAGCUGAUCUAACUCUAGUCCGAGAAAGGUGUAAAGAGUUUUUGAUGGAAUUAUGUAAUCAAAUUCAGUAUCUUUUACCUUCGAACAUUGAUAUUUUACAAAAAAUAAGUUUUCUGACACCUGAAAAUGCCACAGCACAAAUUAAAAGACCAAAUAUAACAUCACUUGCUACCAGCUUUAGAAGUAUAUGUGAAGAUGUUGAUGCUACAAUUAGCGAAUGGAACACUCUCCAUCGAAGUGAAUGGCAGAAUACGGAACAACCUGAAUCUUACUGGCUAGAGGUUGCCCGAAAUAAAAAUGCUCUUGGCGAAGCUCGGUUUUCGCACAUAGCCAAAUUAGCAACAUCACUUCUUUCACUUUCAUUUUCUAAUGCCACUGUGGAAAGAGCAUUUUCAAUUGCUAAUAUAGUAAAAAACAAAAUUCGGAAUCGUUUGGCCAUUUCCAGUACAGAUGCUAUAAUGAGGGUACGUUUUUAUCUCCAGGAAUAGGGCUGUGCAAAUUUUAGACCAACUAACAAUAUGUUAAAAAAAUUUAAUUCAAGCAUGUACCAGUCCUCUUUGGACGACGGAUCUGUAUUGGAUAUGUUUAUAGAAUAAUGUACUCCUAUGUUCAGUUUUAUUGUUUGGUAUUAAGAUUUAUUUUUAUUAUUAAGAAUAAGAAUACAAAUUUUUGUUUUUUUUACGGUAAAUAUAAAUAUUGUUGUUUCAACAUUUAAUUAAGUUUUUUUUUUUUUUUAAUUUUUUUUAUUAAAUUAUUAAUAUAUGGGGUUUUUAAAAAUUUCGUCAUAACGAACAACCAUUUUUUAUAAACUUUUGGUUUAAGUAAAUAUUUGUGUUUUAAAUUGUGUACUUUUAAAUUUUUUUGGGGGAUUUUUUAUCAUUAAGUUGCGAUUUUGGGGGAUUUUUAAUGUCAAUUUGGGGGGGGGAAAUUGAUACGACCAGUCUGGCAACCCUGUUGCCAUAUAAAAGUUAAAGUUCCAGAAGAUCAGCAAGAUAGUUAUGUAAAUCGUAAAGUUUUCCGAGGACACUCGAAUUCCCGUCAAACACAACUUUAACCAUAGUCCGUUCCUAGAAUUCCCGACAAGCAGUUGAAGCUUGAGACAAUCCACUACUCGAGUUCCUGUAAGGGACGAAUUUAAUUAGGUAGGUAGGUACCUACACUGAAUACCCGGAAGGAACACUUGGUAAAUAAUCAUAAGUACGCGCAUCUUUGUCGCGCAACCCUAUUCGCCAUGAUAAUAUGUUUACUUUGCGACGGUGUCAACCUUUAGUUCAACUUGUGUUGCCGGUUACUUCGUUUCCCAGAUUCUUAGAUUUUGUGUGUUUGUGUUUCGGUAUUUCGCUUGAAGAUUUUUAUAAACAAUUAUAAUGGAUUCGUUGCAAAAAAAGGUGGUGGUUCGUGUGCUGCAAAAAAAUGUAGAAACAAUUAUAGAAAUUGUAAAUGCAGUUUUUUUUAGUUUUCCAUAUAAUAUAAAUAGUUAAGUGCUGUUUAACGUAUAUUUUUAUCCAGAACGAUU